AUUUAGAUGAUACAUCGCAGCUGUAAAAAUUGUUUGGCUUUGUUUUACCCAAGCAGACAGAUUCACUUUGUUGCUAAUUUUUAUCGACAAUUCUUUGUCUGUCUUCAUAUUCGUAUCGUCGUAAAUGACUAAUUAGAGAAGUGAAGUGUAGCCCACGUAAAUUAAUUUUUGCAAGAAACCAAAUAAAAUACAUUCAUCUAUAAAUCUACACAAUUAGUAACGAUUUUGGGUAUUGUUGUAUCAUCGGUACCGGAACCAAAUAAAAGAGAACACAAUUGUGAAAAGAGUAAAUACACAAUAAAAUCGAAAUAUGUGCAAUAAAGUAAACAUUCAGUCAAUCAUAUACACUUGAAAUUGGAUACCUAAAAUCCACUUUGUUUUUGUGAUAGAAAUGCAUUUCUCUAUUCCUGAUACACAGGAAUUAUAUUCCGAAACGACUGGUACUACCUACACAAGUUAUAACAUUUAUAUUAAUGGUACUUUUCAUGCCUGCCUACGCUACAAACAGUUGCAUGCUCUGAACGAACAAUUGCGAAGGCAGCUGUUGCCCAUUGGCCAUGUUAUGCCAGAGUUUCCUCCAAAGAAAUUUUUGCCAUUAACCAACUCACAAGUUGAAAGUCGUCGUCAAUCCUUGGAGCACUAUUUGCAACUGCUGGGUCAAGAUGCACGUGUUUCAAAGCUGCCGAUCUUCCAACAAUUCUUUUUAAAUGCCCAGCUGGAAACCGCCCUGGCGGAUGGUAUUUUCGAAGAGUAUUUUGGUUAUGGCACCGAGGAUGGUGAUUCAUCCUCCAAUCGCGUUGAGGAAUAUAUGCGCUGUACAUGCCUUGAAGUUAUACUACCAAAUGGUUAUCAGCUCAAGGUAGACAGUUAUGUGUCGGACAAUGCAACAGCAUUAUUGCGAAAGGCUCUAACUUGUGUGCAAUUGCCUGCUGAUAUGAUGCCAUACCUCUGUUUGUUUCUGGUGCGACGUGAAAGCAAAGACUCGUUGGUGUUAUUGAGGAAACUAAUGGAUUUUGAGUCACCGUUUGUGUCGCGACUUUACAACCAACCGUGCCAAAUUCAAAUACGUAAAAGUUAUUGGAAUCCCGCCUAUGAUCUGGUGCUAAUGAAAAAUCCAAUUGCCUGUAAUCUGCUGUUUAUGCAAACAAUUUCCGAGAUUGAGCGUGAAUGGAUAAUUGCCUCGCCGGAGGUGUUGAAAAAAUUGAAAUCGCUACAAGAAUAUGGUAUGCAUAAGGAAUACAUUGAUAUGGCCAGACAACUGCCAUUAUAUGGUUGUUUGCAGUUCCAAGCCUCAGUUGUGGAUUAUCCGGAACCCGAAACAACUGCCUUAAUAGCCAUAGGUAACAAAGAGUUGAGCAUGAGAACUAUGCAACAGGAUAAAAUAUUGGAAACCAAAUUUCGAGUUACCCGUAUGAGAGUGUGGCGUGUCACCGCCUUACACAAUACCCAGCAAACGGACAGCAAAGAGAAGACAUCAAAUCUGCAGUUGUCAUUUGAAUAUUUGAUGUCGAAACAGAAUCUGCGAUGGAUUACCAUCAGUAGUCCACAGGCAAUGCUAAUGUCUGUGUGUUUGCAGGAAAUGGUUAAUGAAUUGCUCAAUUACAAGGAUAAUAAUAAAGAACCAGCAGCACCUACACCCACGGGCAGCAGCUCACAACAGACUACUUGCUCAUCAUCAUCGUCGACUUCAUCGUUUACCUAUCCAACGCCUACAUCCUCAUCAUCAUGUUCGUCUUCCUUUGCUCCUCACGCAAAUCCCAAUAGUUACGUGCAAUCCUAUAAUGAUCCGAUUUUGGGCGGAGAUGAGGAGUCCGCCUCGCCGUGUGAUAACAACUCAACAGAGGCGCCAAUUAAAUUUUUAGCUCAACGAAUUUUAAGCAAACAAAAUCCUAGAAUAUCAAAGCAACAUUCCUACGGCGCUGUCUUCUUUCGCAACUCAAUGUUGGCGCGAGAGGAUUCAGUGCAAAACGAGGCAUUUGAGGGAAUUGGUGAUGAUGAUUUAUAAAAUGGGUUUUUUAUGAUCAAAUAAGAAAUGUAAAUAAUUUGAGUUUAGAGAUUGUCCAUAUAUGACAAGUUAUGAUAUGUUCAAAGUAAACGAACGUGAAUCAUUUGGUCGGUUCCAGAACCUGUAAGAAUCUACUAGCUUUGCAAUUUUCUCCGAUAUCAUAAAGGGAAAAUCGGUUAUCGCUAGUAAAAACUUUUACAUUCCUGCAAUUCUGGAACAGACCAAUUAUUGUACGAAAUGUUAUAUUGUGCCAAAGUCGUCCAGUUCCAUUCAUCUCUUGUUAUGUUGACAUUUUUAAUUUUUGGGAUUAAAGGCAAGUCGAUAUGCCUUUCUAUGCAUAAGGGAUAUGCAACAGUGCAACUUCGAUAGGAAGGAUUGAUAUUUUGAUUUGUUCGAAAAAUUAUUUAAUUAUUCAAAUUGAUUGUAGUGAAUACUUCUGACCAGUUUAGUUUAAAGAAAUUAAAACAAGUUUUUGUUUCUGUUUAUCCUCCGAUAUUAACAUAUUCUCUUAUUGAACGCACGUCGGUCGCAAAGAAUCAGUGCCUCAAUAUAGUUCCUGUAAACAAUGAGGCACUGAUUCUCAGUGACUGAGGAAGCGCCGAGGAUAAACCGAAACUUAUUUCAUUUUUAAACCCUCGACCAUUCUAUGGUCACCCCGUUUGUAACUCCUCGAAAUUUUCAUAAUAGACCCUACAAAGUAUAUAUAUUCUGGAUCAGCGUAAAAUUCUAAGACGAUCUAGCGAUGUCCGUCUGUCUGUUGUAAUCACGCUAUCUUUCAAACAAAUUGAGAUAGAAGGCUAAAUUUUUGCAUACAUGCAUAGUUUACCAAUAGGCAGGUUAAGUUCGUAAAUCUGUCAUGUUGGUCCAUGUUUUUGUAUAGCCCUGAUAUAACGGUACCUCCCGAUAUUCGGUAUUUUCAUGAUUUUAGCGACAUUAUUUAACGGAAUUAUUAAAAAUUCGUAUUUGCAGUUCGUAAUGGUUAGCCUAUGACAAACAUUUUUGUAUGCAGGUUCAAGUCCUCGUAUAGCCCCCAUAUAAUGGUACCUCCCGAUAGUCGGUAUUUCGACGAUUUCAGCAAAAUUAUUCAGUGGAACUUUUUCAAAUUUCGCACUGGAAGAUCCUAAUGGGUACUACAACCUAAGACAGAAAAUUGUCAGUGCAGGUCCACGUCUUUGUAUAGCCUCCAUAUGACGGCACCUCCCGAUUUUCAUAAUUUUUGCGACAUUAUUCGCCGUAAUUGUAACAAAUUUCGUAUUUGAAGUUCACAAUGGGCACUACAGCCUAUGACAAAAAAAAAAAAUCGUAUACAGCCCCAUGUCUUCGUAUAGCCCCCAUAUAACGGUUUUCAUUUAAGUGGGGUUUUGGGUUGUUUUAAAACUUUUCAGUUUCUUUCGAAAUGGUGAAGGGUAUUAAAAGUUCGGCCCAGCUGAACUUAACUGCUUUUUUACGUGUUUUAACUAAACUGGUUAGGAGUAUUCUCCAUAAUCAAUUUGAUUGUUGAAUCUAUUUUUCGAGCAGGUUAUAAAAAUAACUCCUAUUACGUAUACCCACUACAUUAAGAAGUUGUAAGACAAAGAACUAUGGCGUUCUUUGUCAAUAUUGUCAAUUUCAUACUAACUUACUGGCGUAUCUCUUUGUUAGAGUUGGCGUAUUGGUUAUCUGCAAUCAAGUAUCGUAUUUGAAUAGGUAAAGUUUCUUUUGUUUACAUAAGUAUUUUAGAACAUAACAAUGAUCAAGUACAUAUAAAAAUAUAUGGCUAAGAAUUUGUCGUUACCCAUUCAAAUGGUACAGAUUUUAUUCGAUCUCUAUAUUAUACAUCAAAUGGUAAGUUAAUUCCAGAUUAAAAUUAUAUAAAAAAAAGAAAAUUUUCGAAUCCGACAGAAUUGUAACUACUUGUAUAUUUCUGUCUAUAUCUUUGGCAGCUUUCUGGGUGCAUAAAAACAAAGUUUUCCAUUUUCUCCAUUACAAAUCUAUUUUGAUUAUCUAUGUCUAUUUUGUUCAUGCCAUUUUUGCAUUUAAUCGUACAAGACUUCUUAAAAAUAAAGAAAGGAACCUAUUAAUAUAACAAAUUUUGUACAUCUCAUAAAAAACUAAAACGUAAAUUAGUAAAAUAUUCUCUUAUAAAAUAUCAGUAAUCAUUAAAAAACAGUGAUAAAAUCAGCUGAACAUAAAUUGUAAUACAAAACAAAAAACAGUUAACAAAAUAGUCAUUGUAUUACAAAAGAUUAAUACUAAAGCAAAAUCUCUAAAUAUACGUGUAAAGUUAGAGAACACAUUGAUAUAAUAUAUAUACUUACCUAUAAGCAUAAACCCGACUUUAUUUUCUAUUUUAUUCUUCUAUCAAUCUACUUUUGUUCAAAACAACGAAUCAUGAUCUUGUCUAAAAAAAAAACUAAAAAAUAUUUUUUUAUAGAAAAAUUUAUUUGAUUGCCAAAAGAUUUUGAAACAAAAUCUCCUAUGUUUGUAAAUUAAUAAAACAAAAUUCUAAAUUUAAUAAAAAAUAUUUGUUAACUCAUUAAAAAUUGUAUUCGUUUUGGAAGAGAAGAAAUUUUAUUUACAGGAUUUUUUAUAUACACAUACAUACAUAUAUAUUUGUAUAAUUUAAGAUAUCUUUUGUAAAUGCAUUUAAACAUUUUUACAUGCCUACACAUCUCCAAAAAUUGCAUAUACAUAUAUAUAUAUAUUUACGUAUAAUUAGUUUGAAAUAUUUAAAAUUUACUAUUUUUACUACUCAAUUAUAUAAUUAAUAAAAAAUAAAUAAAUGUGUUAUGUAAAGUUUUUGAAUUAAUAAAACAUAACAAUAAUUAUAUAAAA